CUUUUCUACAUGCAAACGUUAAUAACACAUCCGGGUAAACCUGGUCGAAAAAUCUAGUACGACACUGUUCUCCCUGGAGAAAAUUUUUAAAAAGUUUAUAAUCUCGGAUCGCAUCGCUUCACACGCAAGGCUGGGUGUCUACAGAAAUCCGAGGACAUGGAGACCGCUGUGAUGAAUCUUCACAGCAUUUUCGAAAGCCUGCGGGCACAAGCUGAUGUUCUCAAUGAAAGCAUUGAGCCCCAGUUCAUUCAGCUGGCCAUAAACUUUGAGGACAACCGUCGUAGAUGGCUGAGACUCGAACAGGAGCUGAAUGCAUGCAAAGAAGUGCUCACUAAAGCUGAGACGGAGCGUGGAGCUCUGGAGGUCAAGCUCAAACAUGCUCGUAACCAAGUAGAUGUGGAGAUCCGUAGAAGACAGAAAGCCGAGUCUGACUGCGCAAAGCUGGACCGUCAGAUCCAGCUCAUCCGGGAGCUGCUGGUUUCUGAAGGCUCUAGUAGCAGCAUCCAGUUAAAUGAGGAGCAGCGCUCUGCUCUGGCCUUCCUAAAUGCCCGUUCUCAGAAUCCUGCAAAUUUGAACACUAGCAGACGACUGGCUACCAUUGAUGAAUCAGCCUCUAUCUUGUCAGACAUCAGCUAUGACAAAACGGAUGAUUCUUUGGACUGGGACUCUUCUGCAAUCAGAACCGUUCGUCUUAAGAAACGGCAAAAGAGACGCUCUUCCCGAAACCACACCGAAGGACCUCCAGCUGCUGCUAAAAGGUCUCGCUCCACCGGCCGGACAUCAGAGAAAGGAAAUGAGUCUCUGGUGGCUAAAACCACCGUGACUGUGCCUGCUGAUGGCGGACCCAUUGAGGCCGUCACCACAGUGGAGGCUGUUCCCUACUGGACCAGGAGCCGCCGGAAGACUGUAUUCUGCAGUAGUGAGCAGUGUAUCUCUCUGAAUUAUUCUUCAGCUGCUGUGGAGUGGGACACCGUUGACACAGAUUCUGUUCAGUCUAUGGAUGUGUUCAAGCAGCCCAGUCUGCCCAAUGCAGAGAACAGGGCAGAGCCCAGCACUCCACAGGGCAACGGAGGUGUCCGUCUGCAUGAGUUUAUCUCCAAAACGGUGAUCAAGCCAGAGUCUUGUGUGCCAUGUGGUAAGAGGAUCAAGUUUGGCAAGAUCUCUUUAAAGUGUCGGGACUGUCGUGUAGUGGCCCACCCAGAGUGCCGUGAACGCUGCCCAUUGCCCUGCAUUCCAUCCAUGACUGGGACUCCUGUCAAAAUCGGAGAGGGUACACUAGCAAACUACGUGUCUAACACCUCUCCCAUGAUCCCUUCGCUAGUGGUGCACUGCAUUAAUGAGAUUGAGCAGAGAGGCCUACAUGAGACUGGUUUGUACCGGGUAUCUGGCUCUGAUCGAGUGGUCAAGGACCUGAAAGAAAAGUUCCUGCGUGGGAAGACUGUUCCCCUGCUCAGCAAGGUGGAAGACAUCCAUGCUAUCACUGGCCUCCUCAAGGACUUCCUAAGGAACCUCAAAGAGCCCCUGCUAACCUUCCGCCUCAAUCGGGCAUUCAUGGAUGCUGCAGAGCUGUCAGAUGAUGACAACAGCAUUGCCUUGAUGUAUCAGAACAUCAGUGAUCUUCCACAGCCCCACAGAGACACUCUGGCCUUCCUCAUCAUCCAUCUACAAAGGGUGGCCCAAAGCCCCGCUACAAAGAUGGACAUCACCAAUCUGGCUCGUGUAUUUGGACCCACAAUUGUAGGCCAUGCCGUUUCUAACCCAGAACCAAUGACCAUCCUACAGGACACAAAACGACAACCGAGGGUGGUCGAGCGUCUCCUCAGUCUGCCUGUGGAGUACUGGAGUCAGUUUAUGAUAAGCGACCACGACCAUGCUCGCAAUGAUCACAUGAUCAUCGAGAACGCCAAUGUUCACACGACUCCAGAUCAGAAAAUGAGUAUGUUUGGUCCCAUUACGACUCCUGACCAGCAGAUGAGCAAGACUCCAUCAUCCAGCUCUCUCUCCCAGCGCAUGAAGAACGCAACUCUCAAUGCUAUCACUCCAAAGUUUUCCAGCAGGAGCAGAGCUACAGCCGCUGUCCCUCGGCAGGGGAACUUCUUCGCCUCGCCUCUCCUGAAGUAGCCCUGAAGCUCUUCAAGGUUUUUCCUUCACUUUGGGAAACAGCUGCAAUAUAUUAUAUUGUCUUAUUUUA